AUGUUUUUCCCCAUUCUUUCUACUGGUUCUCCACCCCUUUGCUUUUCUGACUCUUUCUCUCAGUUCCUCUUCUUCUUUAUCCUUAUAGUUUUUCCCCUCUUUCUCUCGAUUCCCAUUAUAGAUUUUUUGACUCUUUUUCUCAUGUUUUUCUUACUCUUUUUCCUGGGUCUUCUUCCUCCUUCUCUUCUCUUCUCUUUUUUUGUUAUUCUGACUUUCUCCCAGGUCCUCCUCCUCUCCAUUAGUAGCCUUGUGCUGGCCCUGGAGCUAAAUGCUGAUACUCGUAAUUUGUUGUCUGCCAUAAAUGAUGUUAUUAAUAUGGGGAUGGAAGGUGACCAUAUGUGCUACAUCCUGGUCCGGGAAGGUACAAUUCGUUCACUGUUUAACAUCUGCACAAUGAAGACAUUGCUAAGAAUACGAGCCAAGGCACUGAGAGCCAUUUCUACAAUCUGCUGUAUCCCAGAAAGCAUCCAGGAACUGGAAAAGGUUGGUGGUCUUGAAUGUUUGGCUGACAUCCUGUCUGAUAAAGCGCAAGGUGAAGAAGUUCGAGGAGAGGCUGCUGGUGUGGUCGCCCAGAUCACAUCUCCCGCGCUUGACCAACAUUUACCUGUCAUUGGUCUCAUUGAAAAUAUGAAUGACCUUCUAAAAACACUUAUAGAUCUUUGUAAUGAAACUGUAUCCAGUGAAGUGUUUCUGUUAGCAUCUGCGGCAAUUGCAAAUAUUACAUUUAUGGACAGCAAUGCUUCUGACAUUUUACUCUAUCUGAAGACUCCGUCAAUUCUUCUCCAAGCCUGUCAUCUCAACAAAGCCACUUCUAUCUUCUCAAAAGACCAGGUUGCCAGCAUCCUUGCCAAUAUGGCCGUUUUGGAGUCUUGCCAGACAGAAAUCACGCAGCAAAACGGCAUCGACCUUCUCCUCAACUAUCUUCAUGAAGACCCAGCAUCAUUUAGAAACAGUGUGGAGGUUGCCGCCUGCGAGCGUGUCCUACAGAAAGCUGCCAUUGCGCUGACGCGGCUAAGCCGAGAGGAACGGCACGCACAGCUUAUUGCAGAGUCCGCAGGUAUUCCUCGUCUGGUAAAAUUGUGUCGAAAUGCUGAGGCUCGGAACAACAGUGAUGCUGUGCUUGUUGCUUGUUUGGCGGCUCUCCGUAAAAUCUGUAGCAUCUGCGGCAACCACGGUAUGGAACCCAAUGAUGUGAAGCAACUGAUUGAACCUCGUCUCAUGGACUCUUUCUUAAUUUGCCUGUUUUGUGUCUGUACUGAUACAUAUUUGCCACAUUUUCUGUUUUUUUUCUUUCUUUGUCUUUUUUUUCUUUCUUUGUCUCUCUCUCUUUCUCUAUCUUUUUCUCUCUUUUUUCUUUCUUUUUCUCUCUUUUUUCUUUCUUUUUCUCUCUUUUUUCUUUCUUUCUCUCUCUUUUUUCUUUCUUUCUCUCUUUUUCUCUUUCUCCUCUCUUUUUCUCUCUUCUUCUCUCUCUUUUUUUUCUCUCUCUUUCUCUCUCUCUCUCUCUCUCUUUCUCUCUCUCUUUCUUUCUCUCUCUCUCUUUCCUUCUUUCUCUCUUUCUCUUUUCUUUCUUUCUCUUUCUCUUUUUCUUUCCUUCUUUCUCUUUUCCUUCUUUCUCUCUUUUCUUUCUUUCUCUCUUUCCUUCUUUCUUUUUUCCUUCUUUCUCUCUUUCUUUCUUUCUCUCUUUUCUUUCUUUCUCUCUUUUCUUUCUUUCUCUCUUUUCUUUCUUUCUCUCUUUUCUUUCUCUUCUUUCUUUCUCUCUCUCUUUCUUUCUCUUCUUUCUUUCUCUCUCUCUCUCUUUCUCUCUCUCUCUCUUUUUCUCUCUUUUUCUUUCUCUUUCUCUUUUUCUUUCUCUUUCUCUUUUUCUUUCUCUUUUCUCUUUUUCUUUCUCUUUUCUCUUUUUCUUUCUCUUUUCUCUUAUUCUUUCUCUUUCUCUUUUCUCUCUUUUUGCCCUAUCACAAAGACUAUAUGGUUCUGUUCAUAUCUCUCUCUAAUGUUCUGUCCAUCUCUCUCUCUCUUUCUCUUUCUCUAAUAUGUUCUGUUCAUAUCUCUCUCUCUAACAACUGUCUCUAUCUAUCUAUUUAUCUAUCUCUAUCUAUCUGUAUCUCUAUCUACCUAUCUAUCUAUACUUAUCUGCCUGUUUAUCUAUAUCUGUCUAUCUAUAUCUAUCUGUCUAUAUCUGUCUGUAUCUAUCUCUCUGUCUGUCUGUAUCUAUCUCUCUGUCUGUCUGUAUAUAUCUAUCUAUAUCUCUCUGUAUCUUAUCUAUAUCUCUCUAUAUCUAUCAAUAUAUAUCUGUCUGUAUCUAUCUCUCUAUCUAUAUCUCUCUGUAUCUCUCUCUAUAUAUCUAUCUGUAUCUAUCUCUCUAUCUAUAUCUCUCUGUAUCUCUCUCUAUAUAUCUAUCUGUAUCUAUCUCUCUAUCUAUAUCUCUCUGUAUCUAUCUCUCUAUCUAUAUCUGUAUCUAUCUCUCUAUCUAUAUCUGUAUCUAUCUCUCUAUCUAUAUCUGUAUCUAUCUCUCUAUCUAUAUCUGUAUCUAUCUCUCUAUCUAUAUCUCUCUGUAUCUAUCUCUCUAUCUAUAUCUGUAUCUAUCUCUCUAUCUAUAUCUGUAUCUAUCCCUCUAUCUAUAUCUGUAUCUAUCUCUCUAUCUAUAUCUCUCUGUAUCUAUCUCUCUAUCUAUAUCUCUCUGUAUCUAUCUCUCUCUAUCUAUAUCUCUCUGUAUCUCUCUCUAUAUAUAUCUAUCUGUAUCUCUCUAUCUAUAUCUCUCUGUAUCUCUCUCUAUCUCUCUAUCUCUAUCUAUCUCUCUGUAUCUCUCUCUAUAUAUCUAUCUAUCUAUCUCUAUCUAUAUCUGUCUCUCCAUUUCUCUGUCUCUUUCUAUAUCUUAAAUGUUUCCUACUCCCUUCUCCAGAAGAAGUUCGACCGUUUUGA